GAAAAAAGCUGGUUGGAACGACGACGUUUGGAGGAUGUGAUUGGCGGAUGGAUGGCAAUGGAAGUCUUCUGCCAACAACAAGCGAGAGAGACAUAAUAAUCGAAAGCGUGCUUCAAAUGUAAAGUUGACGUUGGAUCCAAUGCCCUCAACAGUGAAAUCCCUAAUCAUCAUAACUAAACCCCCUAAAAGUUGAAUCCAAAUCGAAUUCCGCCAUUGUUGUCAGAGAAAAUUCUUCACUUUUUACCCAGAAAUUUGCUGGUGAUUUUGACUUGUAAUGGGCAAAGGCGGUGGUUGCGUUCCCAGUAAGAAAAGUCCGCCGGCGGUUGACAACGAUAAUGCUCCGGUCAGUAGUGGCUCACCCAGCAAUGCGCCGGAGGUUCAGACACGAGAUGAAGAAGUCCCUAUAGUGACGGUGGCGAAGCUCAAGAUAUUGAUCGUCUUCUACUCGAUGUACGGCCAUGUUGAAACCCUGGCGCGUCGGAUGAAGAAGGGAGUCGACGGUGUUGACGGCGUGGAGGCGGUGUUGUUCCGGGUGCCGGAGACGUUGUCUGAUGAUGUACUGGCGCAUAUGCGGGCCCCAUCGAAGGACGAUGAGAUUCUCGAGAUAGCAUCGGUGCAUGAGCUGGAAUCGGCCGAUGGGUUUUUGUUUGGGUUUCCGACGAGGUAUGGUUCUAUGGCGGCGCAGAUGAAGGCGUUCUUUGAUUCAACGGGACAGUUAUGGAGAGAACAGAAGCUCGCCGGGAAGCCGGCCGGAUUCUUCGUGAGUACUGGUACACAGGGCGGCGGACAAGAGACGACAGCUUGGACAGCGAUCACGCAGCUAGCUCAUCACGGAAUGCUUUUUGUUCCAGUUGGGUACACAUUUGGGGCAGGUAUGUUCAAAAUGGACUCGAUCCGUGGAGGUACACCUUAUGGUGCCGGUGUGUUUGCUGGUGACGGGACCCGCGAACCCACUGAUACUGAAUUGGCACUUGCUGAACAUCAAGGCAAGUACAUGGCUGGUGUGGUUAAGAAACUGGCUCAAGCUUGACCGGCUUUGGUUCUUAAUUUCUAUCGAACCAUUACACAUUUUGUGGUUUUGAAUAUGAUUCUAUUUUGUGAUUACGCAUCUUUCGAUCCCUUGGAACUCUGUACAUUUGUCGUAUAUUUGAUUUGUUGUUACAUACCGAUGCACCAUCAUA